CAAGCAUCAGUCAUUGCUAACUGUCUGAGCGAAGAAAAUGAAGCUGCCGUGGCUCUUGAUCCCUCUUCUAACUUUACAGUUUUGUGGAGUUAAUUUCAGCGUGGCCGGAUCAGGUAAUGGUGGCAGGUGGCAGAUAUACCUUGAAAAGAUACAACUGCAGUUGCCAUCUCAGUGUCUUGAAUGAUGACCUACGACCCUUCAGAGAGGGAGUGUCUGAGGAGCUCAUGGCGAACAUGCUUUGUCGUGGUGUGGGCACGCAUUACCAAAUCAUUAAUGGUAAACUGUAUCGGGAACAGAACUGUAUGUUCCCAGCCAGGUGUAGUGGGGUGGAGCACUUCAUCCUGCAGGUGAUUGACAAGUUGCCAGACGUGGAGAUGGUGGUGAAUGUGCGGGACUACCCUCAGGUGCCAGGCUGGGUGCAGCCUAUCCUGCCUGUCCUGUCUUUCAGUAAGACUGCUAACUACCAGGACAUCAUGUAUCCUGCCUGGACGUUUUGGGAGGGGGGCCCGGCGGUAUGGCCCAUAUAUCCCACUAGACUAGGAUGAUGGGACCUCAUGAGGGACGACCUUAAAAAAACAGUGGCACAGGAAGAAGUCUUCAGAGGCUCCAGGACUAGUCCUGAGAGGGACCCCCUGGUCAUUCUGUCCAGAGAGGCUCCAGACCUGGUGGAUGCUGAGUACACCACGAACCAGGCCUGGAAGUCUGAGAAGGACACACUAGGUAGACCACCAGCUCAGGAGAUUCCCCUGGUGGAGCACUGUCAAUACAAGUACCUGUUCAACUUCCGGGGCGUGGCGGCCAGCUUCCGCCUCAAGCACCUGUUCCUGUGUGGCUCUCUGGUCUUCCAUGUAGGGGAGGAGUGGCUGGAGUUCUUCUAUCCCCAGCUGCUGCCCUGGGUACACUACAUCCCUGUCAAACAGGACCUCUCUGACCUCAGGGAACUGCUACAGUUUGUGAAAGAAAACGAUGACCUUGCUCAAGAGAUUGCCAUUAGGGGUCAACGGUUCAUCCUGGACCACCUGAGGAUGGAGGAUGUGUUCUGUUACUGGGAGAGACUCCUCACUGAGUUUGGUGGGCUGCUCAAGUACAAACUCCAGAGGAGGACUAACUACAAUCAGAUCAUCCACAAGCAUAGGAGGACAGAACUGUGACCGA